AUGAAUCCAGACUCGCCCAUACUCCUCCAAAACCCCACAGUCGGCAACAAGACCCCCCGUGGCUGGCAACAUUCCCGAAGCGGGCAGGGUCAACCUCACCACACUCCCUUCCAAUUCCAACUUCAGCCAUCAUACUCGAGCCUGGCAUUUACAGGCGAUAAUAUUUCCAAUGAUCAGAAAUCUGACACAUCAGGUGCAAUGCAUACAUACCACGGCGAACUCAAGUUGGCACUACACGCCAGAACAUGCCCAGACACGCUCACCCCCUCUCUGGCAGCCCACGUCUGGAAUGACGAGAUCGCGAGAAAUCGACGCGACCGAUCCAUAUUCCAGAGGGGUGGUAGUGGUAUAUAA